GUUAACGUGUCCUGUGACACGGCCAGUAGCUCAUAUUAGCUAGCUAGCGUGCUAGCCAGCUGUGAUGGUUUUACAGCUAGUUAGCUUGUUAGCUCUAGCUUGAUAUGUAGCUAGCAAGCUAACCGUCAGCAUUAAUUGUGAGCAGUAUGAUGUAAUUAAUGCCAGCUGUGAGAGUCCGUACCAUGGAGGACGAAUCCCCCACGCUGAAGCCUCGGCGCAUCCAAAAUCAGAAUGUGGUCCACCGGCUGGAGCGGCGCCGGAUCUGCUCGGGCCGCCCCGGGGCGCACUGGUACCGGGUACGCUGUUUCCACCAGAACCUGUUCCCCAACUUCACGGUGGUCAACGUGGAGAAGCCGCCGUGCUUCCUGCGAAAGUUCUCCCCCGACGGACGCUGCUUCAUCGCCUUCUCGUCCGACCAGACCUCGCUGGAGAUCUACGAGUACCAGGGGUGCCAGGCGGCGGAGGACCUGCUGCUGGGACAGACCGGGGAGACCCUGGCGAACGGAAAUGACCAGCGCUCCCUCAACAUCCGCGGCCGCCUCUUUGAACGCUUCUUCUCUCUGCUGCAUGUGACUAACGUGGCCUCCAACGGGGAGCACCUGAACAGAGAGUGCAGCCUUUUCACGGAUGACUGCCGCUACGUCAUCGUGGGCUCGGCGGCCUACCUGCCCGAGGAGCCCCACCCCCAUUUCUUUGAGGUGUACCGUAACAACGAGUCGGUCACCCCUAACCCCCGCUCCCCGCUGGAGGACUAUUCCCUGCAUAUCAUCGACCUGCACACUGGCCGCCUCUGUGACACACGGGCCUUCAAGUGUGAUAAGAUCAUUCUCUCGCACAACCAGGGGCUCUACCUUUACCGCAACAUACUGGCGGUCCUCUCCGUGCAGCAGCAGACCAUCCACGUCUUUCAGGUGACCCCAGAGGGCACGUUCCUGGACGUGCGGACGAUCGGCCGCUUCUGCUACGAGGACGACCUGCUGACGCUGUCGGCCGUCUACCCCGAGGCCCAGGCGGAGGGGCAGCCGGGCCUCUCCCGCCUCUACAAGGAGAAGACCAUCAACUCCCUGAAGCACCGCCUGCUGGUGUACCUGUGGCGCCGCGCGGAGCAGGACGGCAGCGCCACCGCCAAGCGCCGCUUCUUCCAGUUCUUCGACCAACUGCGGCAGCUGCGCAUGUGGAAGAUGCAGCUCCUGGACGAGCACCACCUGUUCAUCAAGUACACCAGCGAAGACGUGGUCACCCUGCGCGUCACAGACCCCUCCCAGCCAUCCUUCUUUGUUGUGUACAACAUGGUGACCACUGAGGUAAUGGCAGUGUUUGAGAACACUGCCGACAAGCUGCUGGAGCUGUUUGAGAAUUUCUGUGACCUGUUCCGGAAUGCGACGCUCCACAGUGAGGCGGUGCAGUUCCCUUGCUCCGCCUCCAGCAACAACUUUGCCCGGCAGGUCCAGCGAAGGUUUAAGGACACCAUUGUGAACGCGAAGUACGGGGGUCACACAGAGGCCGUGAGGCGUCUUCUGGGACAGCUGCCCAUCAGUGCCCAGUCGUACAGCAGCAGCCCUUACCUGGACCUGUCGCUCUUCAGCUAUGACGACAAAUGGGUGUCUGUGAUGGAGCGCCCAAAGACGUGUGGCGACCAUCCCAUAAGGUUUUAUGCACGGGACUCGGGGCUGCUGAAGUUUAAGAUCCAAGCUGGACUAUUGGGCCGUCCCAUCAAUCAUGCUGUGCGGAGACUGGUGGCUUUUACCUUUCACCCCUUUGAGCCCUUUGCAAUCUCAGUGCAGCGGACCAACGCUGAGUAUGUGGUCAACUUCCACAUGCGCCACGUGUGUGUCUGAAGAGUACCUAUCCAGAGACCAAGACUAGAGAACUGUGACGGCCAGUACGACCUGCUUUUUGCUCUGAUCGCUAAAACUCAGCCUCUACACAUGCUGCAUGACAUGGGACAUGUGACGAUGGAGUCCUCUGCAGUCUCAGACAUUGACUGACAUUGCUCUGUGUGGAGGAUGUGAUCACAGUGGGGCCCCAAAAUACAAAGCGGUAGAACUGUGCCCAAGUUAUUUUUUUAAUUAGUCCAGUCAUUUACAGUGGCCGUAGCAGUGGUCUAAGAUGGAGGUUUGAUGACUUCUGCCAGGGUUAUUGCAGUUGCCCUACGUUACUGGAAUGUAUUUACAUAUACAAAUGUAUUUACCGAUACAAAGUUGACUUUGUUUCAGAUUUUAUUUAUAC